AGCUUCAUGGAGAUCAUAACUACAGAAACGCUAGGCUUGUUUUAAACCAAAUACAUUACUGUGUGGUUAUAUAAUGUCUGUUACAAAAUAGACAGAAUCAAACGCGACUGAUUGAGCGAUCUAUGGAAUAAACGGGAUCGAACAUUUCCUGGUGAUAAAGAUGGAGAAUCGUGAAAACAAUCAGACCACAGAAACACCAGAUGUGCAGACGAAAACCUGCCAGUCCUCACCUAUGCAAGAGCAGAAGAAUAAAACGGAUGAUCAGAUUGAACUGAAAGAAGAUUUUUUCACUUGCCAUGAAUGUGGGAUGGAUUUCUUUGAGCAAGCAAGUCUUGAGCAGCACAUGAGAAUUCACACAGAAGAGAAACCGUUCAUCUGCCCUCAGUGUGGAAAGAGUUUCACAGUGCAACACAGGCUUGAGACUCAUUUAAGAAUUCACACUGGAGAGAAACCAUUCAGUUGCUCAGAGUGUGGAAAGUGUUUCACGCAACAAGGUCAGAUUAAAAGUCACAUGAGAAGUCACACUGGAGAGAAACCUUUCACUUGCCCUCAAUGUCAAACUAGUUUCACAUCGAAACAAAGCCUUAAAAGUCACAUUAGAAUUCACACUGGAGAGAAACCUUUCACCUGCUCUGAGUGUGGAAAGAGCUUCAUAACACAAGGAUACCUUAAACGUCACAUAAAAACUCACACUGGUGAGAAGCCUUUCACCUGUCCUCAAUGUGGAAAGAGUUACAAAGUGCAAGAAAGCCUUGAGAGUCACAUAAGAGUUCACACCGGAGAGAGGCCGUUUGUCUGCCCUCAGUGUGGAAAGGGUUUCACAGCAAAACAGUGUCUUAAAAGUCACAUGAGCAUUCACAUUGGAGAGAAACCUUUCACCUGCUCCAUCUGUGGGAUGAGCUUCACACAACAUCAAAGUCUUAAACGUCACAUGUGCACUCACACUGGAGAGAAGCCUUUCAUUUGCCCUGAAUGUGGAAAGAGUUACACAAUAAAACAACGCCUUGACAUUCACAUGAGAAUUCACUCGGGAGAGAGACCCUUUUCCUGCUCUCAGUGUAGAAAGAAUUUCACAGUAAAACUUAACCUUGAUAGACAUAUGAGAAUUCACACUGGAGUGAAGCCUUUUUCCUGCUAUCAGUGUGGAAAGAGAUUCACAGUGAAACAAAGCCUCGAGAGUCACAUGACCAUUCACACUGGAAAUAAGCCUUUCACCUGCUCCGAGUGUGGAAAGGGUUUCACGAGUAAACCUAAGCUUAGUUAUCACAUGAGAAAUCACUCAGGAGAGAGGCCUUUUAUAUGUUCUAAGUGUGCAAAAAGUUUCACAGUGAAACAAAACCUUGAUAUUCACAUGAGAAUUCACUCUGGAGAGAAACCCUUUUCCUGCUCUCAGUGUGGAAAAAGUUUCACAAUGAAACAAAACCUUGACAUUCACAUGAGAAGUCACACUGAUGAGAAGCCUUUCACCUGCUCUCAAUGUGGAAAGAGUUACAAAGUGCAGCAAAGCCUUGAGAGUCACAUGAGAGUUCACACUGGAGAGAACCCUUUCACUUGCUCCGAGUGUGGAAAGAGUUUCACAGUGAAACAAAGCCUUAUGAAUCACAUGAGAGUUCACACUGGAGAGAAACCUUUCACUUGCUCCGAGUGUGGAAAGAGUUUCACAGUGAAACAAAGCCUUAUGAAUCACAUGAGAAUUCACACUGGAGAGAGGCCAUUCACCUGCCCUCAGUGUCCGAAGAGCUUCAUGCAACAUAAACAUCUUAAACGUCACAUAAAAACUCACACUGGAGAGAAGCUUAUUGAUAGAGUGGGGGAAAUCUCUGCUGUCACCUGUGUGCAGCAUCAAUCCAAAUGAAGUGAUGGCAGUCAUAGCGUACUAGUACAUCCGCCAGCUAUCAGAGGAGAGUGAUGUAGUCAGUUUGUUUGAUUA